AUGACGGUUGCGUGGGAUGAGUGCCUUGGGGAGAGCGACUCAUGGCUGCUCAAACCUCUGCAGCAGCAGUUGUACUACGAGAAGCCGUUGCCAGUGCAGCAGGCGGUGGUUCCGGCAGUCCAGCGUGCAUUGCUGAGCGGGAUUCCCAUGGAUUUUUGUCUCACUGCCCCCACUGGCAGUGGCAAGACGCUCUGUUACCUUCUACCCAUGCUGCGUCUAGUGGCGGAGUGUAAGCGAGGCGUGGACCACACGCGUCUCCGGGCCUUGGUGCUUGUUCCAACGAAAGCUCUUGGCACGCAGGUGUUUCGUGAACUGGAGCAGCUCACUCGUGGCACAACCAUCGCCGUGGAGUCUCUCUGCAAAGCGAGCAACAGUGUGCGGGAGGAGGCGGAAUCCAUUGUACGCACUGCUACCGUUGUAACGAGCAUCUCUUGCUCAGUUGAUGCAGAAAAUCCGGAGCCUGGCGAUGUGCAUAACACGUAUGAAUGUCAUGCUGCGGCUCAGGACGCAUGUAAUGACGGCGUCGCACGGGGGUCGUCACGGUUGUUUUACUACUCCCGUGUGGAUAUUCUGGUUGCGACACCGCAACGUCUGCUGCGUCACCUGGACGGCACGCCUGGACUCUCUCUCGCCGACCUGCGCCUCCUCGUCAUUGAUGAAGCGGAUCAGGUGCUUGCGGGCAACUUUGCCAACUUUGUGGCCAAAGUGGUGGAGCGUUUUGAGGAGGAACAAAUGACGCGGUUAGGUGGCGUGGGUGGCACGCGUCGCCUUGUGCAGUUGACGUACAACCUGCACAAAAUGCUUUGCUCUGCGACUCUCUCCUCACACAUCGCCCGCAUCUCAGAGGUGCGGUUGCGGAACUGUCGCCAUUUGGCCCUUGACAGCUUCGGUAGUGACAUUCGCCGGGAGGAUGAGGGUGAGCCGCUGCAACUGGCGAAGCAGGUCCAGGCACAAGGAAAGAAGCGUCGUGGUGCCAAGGAUGGAGCGGACGGGCAACCAGAGAGCGACGGCGAGGGGGCGGGGGACCCCGCGGCAGCCUUGCCUAUUUCACGUCAACAGCUGGUGCGUACUUCCUUCGCCCUUCCCCCAAAGCUACAGGAGCACGUGGUGUUCGUGGAGGACUGGUAUCGCCAUGCCGUUUUGCUGAAACUUGUCCGAACGAUUAUUUCGAAGCAGCGAGCCGGCUGCAUACCUGCGGUGACGACGGCGGUUGUCGCCUCCUCAGGGACUAACGACGACGAAGUCAACAGCCACAACGAUGCUGUGCAGAGCAGAGCUGAUGGCGCACAUGACAUGCAGCAGGAGGAUGAUGACAACUUGAAGGAGGAGGAGAACGAGGCGGAAUUCCGUGUGCUCGGUUAUCGACGGCGUGCGUCUCAACUGGCCACCAUCUCCUCGCCCAGUGACUACCCGUCCUGCAACGAUGAUGCCGGUAAGCGAAUCCUUGUCUUUUGUCGCACGGCAGAGGAGGCACGUGUCAUGGGUCAUUUUCUCCUUUCCGCUGGCGUGCAGGCGACGGAGUUUACGACGCUUUCCACCGAGAGUGAACGGCGGCGUGCGCUUCUUAAGUCGUCCCCCGAUGCAUGCAUUGUUGCCUCCGAUGCCCUGAUGCGUGGCGUGGACGUGCCUAACGUUGGCCACGUCAUUAUGUAUAGCCCACCCGAGACUCUCGCACAGUACGUUCACCGCGCCGGCCGCACAGCGCGUGCGAUGAGAGCAGGUCACCUGCAUCUUCUACUGCAGAAGAAUGGACCAAGUGGAACGCAAAGCGAUGGCGAGGUUGCCGUGUUUAAGGCGCUCAGUUCUGCUGUUUCACGCAGUCAACCUGUGCAGUACGAACGUCACUUCUUCAUGUUUGAUCACCCAAAGCCUCUGGCGACGACGACGACGGCGACUGCCACCGACGGCCCUGAACCUGCUACCAAAGAUAAGGCAUGCCUCUUGGUGGAGGAGGCAGAUGCGUAUCUAAAGAAGACGCAGGCACGAUUAGCGACGCAUUGGUCAUCGGCACUUGAGAGCAAUCAGAAAGAGCAGGUGGUGAAGAAACGGUCACUUUCAGCUAGCGACGGCGCGACAAGGCAUGCGCCACCUGUGAAAAAGGAACGCAAGUUAUGA